CGCUGAGAGAGAUAUCUCCCACACACACUGUGCCCAUGGCUGGGAAGCGCUUCGUAUUGUUUGACCUAGGAGGGGUCCUGCUCACCCCUGGGCCGCAAUCGGCCUUUCAACGGCUAGAAACUAGCCUACAUCUCCCCAGUGGAUUUCUGCAGAAUGUCUUCACUAGGAGUGGCUCAGAAGGUCCAUUUGCUAUGGCUGAGAGGGGGAAAAUACCUUUCUCCAAGUUUGUUGCAGAAAUGAAUAAGGAAUGCAGGGCCUUUGCUGAAGAAUCUGGCGUUUCUCUUCCUGAAUCCUUCUCCCUGGAACAAGCAUUUCAUGGCAUGUUUGAAAACGGUGGGAUCAAUAAGCCGAUGCUAAAAGCCGCUGUCAAACUUAGACAUCAUGGGUUUAAGACCUGUGUAUUGACAAACAAUUGGAUAGAUGACAGCCCUCAAAGGAGUCUUUCAGCUGAAGUCCUCUCUUCACUAAGUCGCCAUUUUGACCUGGUUGUAGAGUCGUGUCGUAUUGGAAUGAGGAAACCAGAAACCCAAAUAUACGAGUAUGCUCUGAAAUUGCUACAUGCAAAACCAAAAGAGACCAUUUUCCUUGAUGACAUUGGUGCUAAUCUGAAGCCUGCCCGCGAGAUGGGAAUAGCCACGGUACUUGUCAAGGACACAGAAACAGCACUGAAAGAGCUCCAAGCUCUCUCCAAUGUUCCGUUGAUUGAAAAUGAAGAAGUUGCACCAAUCCCUGCCAAUCCUGACAAAGUUACUCAUGGAUUUGUAACAGUUAAGCCUGGGGUGAAGCUCCAUUAUGUAGAGAUGGGCAACGGGCCUGUUAUCUGCCUGUGCCAUGGCUUCCCAGAGAGCUGGUAUUCCUGGAGAUUUCAGAUCCCAGCCCUGGCGGAUGCAGGUUUCCGAGUGAUUGCCUUUGAUAUGAAAGGAUACGGUGACUCCUCUGCGCCGCAUGAAAUUGAAGAAUAUUCCCAAGAGCAAAUCUGCAAGGACUUGGUGUCAUUUCUAGAUGCGGUGGGCAUAUCCCAGGCAUCAUUUAUUGGCCAUGACUGGGGUGGUGCUGUUGUGUGGAACAUGGCUCUUUUCUACCCAGAAAGAGUGCGGGCAGUGGCAUCCCUGAAUACCCCUUUCUUUACGUCUGAGCCAGGAGUGAACGCUUUGGAAAGAAUAAAAGCCAACCCAAUCUUUGACUAUCAGCUGUACUUCCAGGAGCCUGGUGUCGCUGAGGCAGAACUGGAGAAAAAUUUGGAAAGGACAUUCAAAGUAUUUUUCCGAGGCUCGAGUGAAAAGGAUCGACUCCCUACCACCCUAACAACAAUGAAUGUGCGAGAACGAGGCGGAAUAUUAGUCGGCACAGAUGAAGACACGCCAUUGAGCAGCAUCAUAAACGAAGCAGAUCUGCACUACUAUGUGGCACAGUUUAAGAAAUCAGGAUUCAGGGGCCCAUUAAACUGGUACCGGAAUAUGCAGAGGAAUUCAGAGUGGAGCAUCUCAGCGCAUGGCUGGAAGAUUCUGGUGCCGGCGUUGAUGGUGACUGCUGGAAAGGAUUUUGUUUUACUCCCAAUAAUGACCAAGGGUAUGGAAAACUUGAUUCCUAAUUUGAGCCGAGGUCAUAUAGAAGAAUGCAGCCACUGGACACAAAUGGAAAGACCGGCAGCUGUAAAUGAAAUCCUUAUCAAAUGGCUGGGGGAGGUUCUUAACUUGCCCGUAACAUCCAAACUGUGAGAUGAAUCCUUGUUUCUUCUGGUUCCUCUCCCCCUGUCAGGAUCCGGAAGAAGUUCUAGGUUUGUUCUGUGUUCUACUGGGCCAUAUUUGUAGCAGUUGUAUCUUACCAAGAAAUUGUGCCUGCUCAUCUCAUAAGCAUAUGCCUAUAAGUGAUUUAUGCUCUUUAGCAUUCAAUAAAAAUAUAGAGAAUA